CCUGCGGCAGGCGGGAGCGCCGCCAGCCCCGUCGUGGCCGGAAAGCGCGCCGCUGCCGGGCAACGCUUUUGCGACAGCGCGGGGGCUGUGGCGGCUCUGGGGCGGGGGCCGCAACCGGGAGGAUGUUCGGGGCGGCGGAGGAGGACGACGCGGACUUCCUGUCCCCCGCCAGCGGUGCCAGAUUGGCCUCUCUCUUUGGACUGGAUCAAACAGUCUCAAGCCAUGGAAAUGAAUUUUUCCAAUACACUGCACCAAAGCAGCCGAAAAAGGGUCAAACAGCAGCUGCAGGUCAGCCAGCCCCGAAGGGUCCCGUGGCUCCAGCAGCUUCAGGAGCACCCUCAGUGUUCAUGGCCACCGCAGUUCACGCUUAUCGAUAUACAAAUGGGCAAUAUUUGAAGCAAGGCAAGUAUGGAGCAGCUGUAGUGGGGAACCAUGCUACCAAAGAGUACAGGAUCCUCCUUUACAUCAGUCGGCAGCAACAGAUCGCAACUGCAAGGAUCCAUCCAGGCUUCACGCUCACGGUUCAGCCCAACAAUUACAGUACGUUCUAUGAUGAUCAGAGACAAAACUGGUCAAUCAUGUUUGAGUCAGAAAAGGCAGCAAUGGAUUUCAGUAAACAGGUAUGCAUUGCCAAAUGCAACAGCUCUCCGGUGUUUGAUUCAGUCCUCUACCAGGAUCUCCUGCUUGGAGAAGGGCAGGGAGUAGAAGGAGGAGACUCUCUAGAGAUUGCCUAUACGGGUUGGCUGUUCCAGAACAACGGGAUUGGACAGGUUUUUGACUCAAAUGUCAACAAGGACAAGCUGUUGCGGCUGAAGCUGGGAUCUGGAAAGGUCAUCAAGGGUUGGGAAGAAGGCAUGAUGGGGAUGAAGAAAGGAGGACGAAGGUGUCUCAUCAUUCCUCCUGCCUGGGCCUAUGGAGCUCAGGGAGUGGCUGGCCGUGUCCCUCCAGACUCUACAUUAGUUUUUGAGGUAGAAGUUAGGCGGGUGAAGCUGGUAAAAGAAGGCUCUGGUUCAGAUGGACAGAGCGUUAGUUCUAGGGAUUCUCCUGCACCUUCUCCAGUACCCAAUUCAGAUGGCUUCUCUGCAGACCCUGUUUUAUUGCCUCCAUCUACGAUACCUCCAAAGCCAGGGGAGCCAGCUGUUCGGGCCAAGUCAAACUCAAUCAGUGAACAAUUGGCAAAUCCAGAUGUAGCAAAGGCAAAGCUAAUUUCUCGGAUGGCUAAAAUGGGACAGCCCAUGCUGCCUUUCCUUGCUGGGACAGCAGGUAGUCAGCUUGACUCCAGUGACUCAGAAAUAGAGGAUCCAAAUACACUGAGGGGGACAGCGCAGCCAGUGGCUUCGUCUCCCAUGAGACCAUCACAGCCAGCUCAUGCAGUGCUGCCUGCAGUGUCAACGCAAGUACCUCAGGCACCUGGUUCAACACCCCUCGUAUCUUCUGCUGCUUUAAUACCUGCCAGUGUUCCACCCCACUCAGCUGUGCCUGGAGGAUCACAGGGCUUUCAGGCUUAUACAGGAAUGGCAUUUGCUUACCCCCAAACCACUGCAUCUGCUUCUCAGCUCCAGCCUGUGGGACAGAUGUAUCCUGCACCUUACCAAGCGCCUGGGGAUGUUACUUCCUUUUUGAUGACAGAGGCUCGGCAACAUAACACUGAAAUCCGAAUGGCCGUUAGCAAAGUAGUAGAUAAAAUGGAUCAUCUGGCUGCAAAGGUGGAGGAGUUGAAGAAACAGAACACUGGUAAUAGCUUAUUACUACCUGGUAUCUCAUCUGUAACCAUGGAAGCCUCCAUGAUCAUGAGCAACAUCCAGCGCAUAAUUCAGGAGAAUGAGAGACUGAAGCAAGAGAUAUUUGAGAAGAGCAGUCGGAUUGAGGAACAAAAUGAGAAGAUCAGCGAGUUGAUUGAGCGGAAUCAGAGAUAUGUCGAACAAAGUAACUUGCUGAUGGAGCAGAGGAACCAUUCACUGCAGGCAACAAAUGAAAACACACAAGCAAGAGUGCUGCAUGCAGAGCAGGAGAAGGCCAAAGUUGCAGAGGAGUUAGCAGCUGCCACGGCACAGGUUUCCCACCUGCAGCUGGAGUUGACUGCCCACCAGAAGAAGGAAAUGGACCUGCGGAAACAGCUGUCUGCUGCCUUGCAGGAGGCAGAGCGACAUGAGGUGCAGCUCAACAAACUGCAAGGACAGUUGGCAGAGCUCCAAGAAGCCUCGGAAGACACUCAGACUAGAUUCAAAGCUGAGAAGCAGAGCCGCAGGCACCUGGACAUGAAGAUUACAGCAUUGGAAGAAGAGCUAACAGAUCUAAAAGUAGAAAAGGAGGCCCUUGAAAGGAACCUUGCAGAGAGGAAGAAGAAAUCCCUUACAGAGAGAGCUCAAGCAGAAGAAGAGAUGGAAGAGAUACGCAAAUCCUAUCAGCAGGAACUAGACAAGCUUCGACAGCUGCUGAAAAAGGCACGGACUUCAACUGAUCAGGCAGCAGCAGAGCAGCUGUCACUCAUCCAGGCAGAGCUGGAAUCCCAGUGGGAAACCAAAUGUGAACGUACGCUGGCCUCUGCCAAGGAGCAACAUGUUAGGCAGUACCAGGAGGUGUGUGAGCAGAGGGAUUCUCUGCAAGAGAAGGUGUCCCAGCUGGAAGAGAAGCUUGGGACUCUAAAACAUUCAAAAGAAGAGGAGGAGCAGAAACUGUCUGAGUUGCAGCAACGUUUGGAGCAACUAGAGCCUGUCAAAGAGAAGUAUUCAGCCUUGCAGUCUGAUAUUGUGGUGCUGAAGGCAGGCUAUGAAGAACGCAUACAAGAGCUGGUGAAGAAUCAGGACAGAUCUCUACCUGCAGACUUUGUAGAAGAAGUAAAGAAGAUCAUGAAUGGUGUGUUUCAAUCUCUUCGGGGUGAAUUUGAACUGGAAGAGUCAUACAGUGGCAGGACCGUUCUGGGUGUUGUCAUGAACACUAUUAAGACUGUAACACUGCAGCUACUCCAUAGGCAGCAAGAGAGACAAGAGCAUGACAGCAAAGCGGAGGGAUCUGGAACAGGAGCAGGGGAACAGGAGGAAUCACUUGGAGCACAGGAAGACCGCGGAGAGCCCAUACAGCAUAGCCCAGCACAGAGCGCUACGUGCCCAGAUGAUCCUGGGGAUGUAACCACAGGCUCCAUUGUGUCUGACCAGGAAGGCGAGUCUGCUGCUCUGGCUGCCAGGCCAAGAACUCCUGAGGAGGAACAGGCCACACAAAGCAGUGGAGUGUCAGAGGAGGAGAAGGCCCUAGGGGUUCAUGGGGAACAUUCCUCCUCAGGGCCUGAAUCCUGUUUGAAUCCUGAUGAGGGGCUGUUGCUUGCAGGACAGCCUGUUCCUUGUGUGGAUGAGGACUUUGCUUUACCUGAGCAAAAGGAGGAGAGCGGUUCCAUCAGGAUAGCUGAGAAUGGAUUCAGUCCCUCAGGAGUAUCUUUGCAGGCAGAAGCUGGAGAAGCUUCUGUUCUAGAAACAAAGCCAAGAGAAGUGGAUGUGGCCAUGCUUCCAGAAAAGCAAGCUGUGGAGAAGGCAGAGGAGCUUGUGGGAGAUUUAGAGCCCCCUCCCUUAAACAGUGAGGGAGGGAGCUGUACAGGCACCUCUGAUGGGGAUAGCUUUGAGGAGCCUGCUUCAGUAUCCAGUGCAGAAGAGAAGAGUUCAGCUAUCAUCAGAGAAACCCCAGGACACCAGGACCUGGGCUCCAGCCCCAGGCAGAAGGAUUCCAGCCUUUUCGAGGAUGACAACUUCUUUAAAACGGCAUCUCAUAAACCACUGAAGCCUCGAGUUCCAUCUGAGGAGGAGGAUGAGGAGGAAGUGAGCAUGAAGGGGCGCCCCCCUCCAGCUCCACUCUUUGGUGAUGAUGAUGAUGAUGAUCUGGACUGGCUGGGAUGAAGAGCUGUCUGGCAAGCCUGUGAGCCAUCUCCCUUGGGCAUGGCCUCCUUGUGUGCACUUGGCACUUAUGAACUGCCUAUAUGGGAUAGUUGUGAACAACCAGGGACUUUCUUGUAUUGCAGGCUGAUGGGGUCUGAGAGCAAGAGGCUCUUUGCACUCUUGAACACUUGGACCUAUCUUUGUGACCUGAGAAACAUGCACAGAGGUAGGGCCUAGCUGGAGGAACUGACCAGUCUUACUGCAUGUUUGUAUUGCUGUCCUGCUUACAUGAACCCUUGAUUCAUUAAUCUGAAACUUCAUGCAAAUAUGAACUUUGUGAAGUGUUUCAGAAGAACAAGCUGGGCAGAACCUUGCAUUAGGUUAUGAUUUAAAAAACAGACUAAAAUCUCUCCUUCUUCCCCAGUGAGGAUCUCUUUGGAAUAUUUCUAUGUUAGUCCCAAGAGGUGGCUCCCAGGAGCUCUACACCGGCUCAUUGCCAUGUGCUUAGCAAUGGAGAUGAGAGAUUCAGCCAAGAGAUCCAGGGCAGGUGCAUUUCAUGAGCCACAGGGUCUGCACAGGCGGCUUGUGGAAAUCCCAGGGGCUGAGGCAGUUCAGGUUGGGCCGGCUGAAUGUUCAGAGCUGCAGCACAUGUGGUGCUUUCUGACCCAAGGCCUGCUUGGCAGAGGUGCCCUUUAGCAGUGCCAGCAACAGGGGCUCUGUUGGACCAAUGCUUCAAGCACAGAUGUAGAAUCUAGUAAUUGCUGUUUUGAGAAGCCAAAUCCCCACCCAUGUUUUACCGAGCAGCCUGAGGUUCCCCCAGGCCUCACGGAAGCGACUCACUGCACAGACUGUGUUACACUCGCCUUUUCUCACUCUGUUCACAGGCAGAGAGGAGAUCUUUUUCUGGGUUGUGUUUCAUUGGCAGAGGAAGCCCCUCAUUAGCAGCAAUACAGACAUGUUAAUGUGCUCCUUGUCUAGAGAGAGAGAGUUACUGUAGGCUGCCAAGCCUAUCUCCUGUGCCUUUUUCUCUGCUGCUGCUUAAAGUGUCACGAUCAUGGCACGAGGUAAAAAUACCAAAUGGCGGCUGGACAAAGGCUAGGUUAGGUUCUAGCAUGUGCCAGGCAACCAAGGGUUUGGGAUGUAACUUCUCAGUCUAAGUGGAGCAAAAGAGGAAAGCAAUGAGGAUAGACAACUGGGCAACCAAGUUUAAUCUCUGUCACUUUUAGUUCUAGGCUCGCCUGCACUAACACAACUAGAAAGUAUAAGUGGUUCUUAGUGUCUUUAAAAACAAGUGGAAAAAACUUUCCCCUUAAUAAAAUGGGAGUUCUUAAAAUAAUUCCACUGCCGUUUAAGUUCUACAACUGGUCUCAGCUUCUCUGAACUGAACUUGAUCUACUCCUCCUAGGUGCAAUUUCUUGGAAGAAAACAAAAACACUGGGCAUUCCUGUGCUUAAAAUGUAGCAGUGCACCAGGUCCCUGCCCCUGCUUUGCACUGUGUGCUAAAUUGCCAAAUGCAGCUAAAAUUGUGGAUGAGACCAAAGCCUGUGACCUAGCCAACUGCUCACACGUGAAUGCUUGUGGUGUGGGGUGAGUGUUGCUGGGGUUUCCUUGAGAGCAGCUCUACUGGUCAAAGUACUGAGUAAUUAUUCAGUGCUGAAUGAUAGUGUGUGAAACCCAGAUCUGUGGGUCCCCUUCUUUGUGAUGGUCUGAGUGUAGAGACCCUGAAGUGGCCUUUGGAAGCCUUGUCUGUGGUAACCUCUUAGGGGAGGUAGUUACUAAUACUAACAAAUUCCACUUCUCGUUUCCAAUUACGGAUAGACAACCUGACCAAUUUGCAUUUCACUUUUUGAAAAAUAAAGUGCAAUUAAACCCGUAA